CAUCGCCAAAGUUCCGUUUUCCGUUUUUAGUAGCAGCGAAACUGUGAAAAAAGUUUGUAAAGAAGUGGCAUGAUUUAAAAUUAAACAAAUGGAUUCGGGUGAUUCCAAAGAGAAUGAAUCUCAAGUAAGAAGGCGAAGCAACAGACUAUCAUCCCCAACAGUUUUUAGUUUAGCCGAUCCUAAACACAAACCCCUUUUAGGAAGGAAACGGAAGACGAAUAAAGAUGAUGAUGCGCCAUCACGAGCCGUCAAUGGUCCGUCCAAAGAGGCCAAUAGCCUGGCAGAGGAAGAAGAUGAUGAACCCACUGUUAAGAACCAAAAGCUUCAAAAAGGGGCAGAUAUGGCAGCGAAUGGAAAUGACAGAGGUGAUGGAGACCAAACAGAUGUGGAGAUGGAUGACAGUGUAGACCAAGAUACAGAUAUGGAUUCAGAGGAGGAGGCUGAGGAGGACCAUGAGCUCGUAAAAUUUAAGUCCAGAAGAGAUUUCAAGCUUUCUGCAGAUGUACAGGAAGAGAAUCUAGAACCCGGAAUGAGCUUGAGAAGCCGAAGAUCCAUUCACGAGACAGAGGACACUGAGCCAACCAAACAUCAUUACAGUUUAAAGACUACGUUUAUAAAGCCUUCCAGUUUGGGCUCUGUCCCUGUUCAACUCAAACCUCUGGAAAACAUAAAGGGGUUAAGUAGGAGAAGUUUCUUAAAAGAUCAGGAUCACACAAAGGAGAAAACUAGAGCUUCAACAAAACCUUUAAAUGAUUAUACCUCCAGACCGGCCCUUUUUUACAGACCAGCUGAAGCUGACAGGAACCUCAUAGUCACAAAUAACUUUCCUAUAAUAAAACAAGUCCCUCAACACAAAAGCACAGAAUUCAAGAAUUUAAAGAAACCACUCACAUUAAGAGCAACUCCAACUUCCACCUCUAAAGGGUCUACAUGGUACGUGUGGAAACUUUUACUGUGGGCUCUGAUAUUAGUAUUUCUAGCUUUGGGCUUGUGUGCCUAUCAGAAGUUUUCAAUGCUAAAAACUGAUGUGGUCCAGCCGAACAUACAGGAAAAUUUCAAUGCAGACAUGGCGGCACUUCAGCUACUUUAUCCAAGUCAGCGCUCAGUUUUUUGGAAGAGGAGCAUCAGGCAUCUUCAGCGUCACCUACAAACAGUCAACCCCACCGAACCGGUCAGCUUGAUUCUAACCGGUGGCUUAAAGGCAGAAAGGACAUUGGCUUGUCUUGCUCGAAGCUUGGCUACAGCAUACUCCGUUUCUCUUAACAACGGCUCAAUCUUAGAAAUCGAUGGGACUACCAGAACAGCACAAGACAGUGACCAGGUCAAGUUGGACAUUGAUACAGCUCUGAGAAAAGCAUUUGAUGGUAAUAAACCUGCAGCCGUUGUCCACCGUUUUGAGGAGCUUCCUCCUGGAUCUACGUUGAUAUUCUAUCGUUACUGUGACCAUGAGAAUGCAGCGUAUAAGAAGGUUUUUCUUGUUUUUACUGUGAUGCUAUCAGUUGAUAAAAUAGAAACAGAUUCCAGUCUAAGUGCAGUUGAGGACAUGGUACAUGAUCAGAUAAAAGAAAAGUUUGUUACCUCAAACAAGUCCACAAUGUUUAAUCAAAUGGAUGUGGAUAAACUCAGUGGAUUGUGGAGCAGAAUCUCUCAUCUCAUCUUGCCGGUGGCUGCAGAAGAGAAGACUGAACAGGAGGGCUGUGGGUCCUAAUAAACCCUCACAGAAAAACAUAUGAUCUCUGUAUUGACAUUUUGUGGCAUUGUGAAGUACAUAAUUGUACAAAGAGAAUCCUCAUUCCAAAGAAGUUUUUAAAAGACAGCUGUAAAGUCUAUGUUUAUAAAUGUUUUAUAUAUUUUUUGUAUUUGUGGAUAGUUUGGUUCUUUAUAUCUGUCAGUAAACUACAUGUACAACCAUGUGUGAUGGCAAACCCUGAUUUGUAUGAUUAUAUUGCAAAUGAAUUUGAGAUUCGAUGCAGAUUAGUUGUACAGUAUUUCAUUCAGACACGUUAAUGAUUAAAGUGUUGCACUGAUUUUUGAAAUUCAAUCUUAGCUAGUUUUUCCAUGUUUGAAAAGUAUGUUUUGAUUCAUUUGUGUAUUUUUGUGUGACUAAUACAAAUACAAACAACUCAA